AUGAUGAGCGGAGCAGAUGCCGACAAAUUUUUGGAAACCCCAACAGUUGUCAGCGCUUUUGCGAAGGAGGCAGAAAUGGUUCCUCGAUCUUGGGCCGAGAGAAAGGCCAAUGUUGUUUUCUGGCAAGAACAUGAAAGCGGUGGACACUUCGCGGCCUAUGAGAAGCCGGAAGAGUUCGUUGAUGAUCUUGUCAGGUUCUUUCCAUCCAUUUGGAAGCCGUAG